CACAUUCAUCAUAUCCACAGACUGGUGAUUUUUUUCCUGCCCUUAAUGAGUUCACAAGCCAUUCCGUGAUACGCCCUGAAAUUCUGCAUGGGCGACAUAAACGCGCCUUGCGAAGCACAUUGGAUGCGGAGGAAGGUCAACAUGUUCCGCACAUAACACUCACGUACCAGCAUGAAGGUCAACGCGUACACAUUGACUUGCAUCGCAACGAUGAGUUACUGCCAGCCGAGCAUUUCCUCCGCUAUCAGCAUUCGAAUUCGCCAACGGGGCGUGUAGUAAAAAAUUUCACAAAGACUGAAUUGGAACUAUGUCAUUACCAGGGCACUAUACGCGGCAAACCGCUUUCCAAUGUUGCCAUAUCUACUUGUAAUGGCGGUGGUGUCAAUGGUCUAGUUUACGAUGGUGUCGACACAUAUUUCAUACACUCCGGUAGUGAUGGGCGGUUGCAGGAUGAUCAUUUUUUAUUUCGACACGCCGAUUUGUUGAACAAAAAUGCAACAUGUGGCUACGACAGUGCCACCGACAACCACGCACACACUCCUUUCUGGAAGGCUGAGAAUUUGCGGCGAAAGAGCGACGACUUUUCAGAAGCACCAAUGCACUUAGAUGGGUCGAAAAUCAACCGCAUUUUAAGAUAUAAAAGGUCCUAUGAGAAUAACGAUGUGAUACGCGGUCCUUACAAUGCCAACAAACACUCGUCCUAUGUAGAACUUGUUAUUGUGGUUGACAAUAAAUUGUAUAAAUCGUUUGGGGAGAGCUCGAAGAAAGUACAUCAGCACUGCAAGGACUUAGCCAAUAUAAUCAAUGCGUUAUACGUACCACUGAAUAUCUUUGUUGCUUUGGUGGGUGUGGUGAUCUGGAACGAGUACGAUGAGAUUGAUUUUUCGAAUGAUGGAGAUCUAACGCUACGCAACUUCCUCAACUAUCGGCGAACAAAACUGGUGCUGGACCAUCCUAAUGAUAAUGCGCAGUUGCUGACCAAAGAGCAAUUUAGCGGCGGCGUUGUUGGCAAAGCGUUGAAGGGUCCCAUUUGCACGCACGAGUACUCGGGCGGCGUUUCGAACGAGCACAGUCAAAUUGUAGCCGUUGUGGCCACCACAAUGGCGCACGAAAUGGGUCACAACUUUGGCAUGGAGCACGAUUCGUCCGACUGUAAGUGCCAGGAUGAGAAAUGCAUAAUGUCCGCUUCGUCCACGUCCGUGGUGCCGGUGCAUUGGAGCAGUUGUAGCAUUGAUCAGCUCAACAUUGCUUUCUCGCGUGGCAUGAACUAUUGCCUACGUAACAAACCCACUAAGUUGUUCGAGUCACCGCAAUGCGGAAACGGUUUCGUGGAGCCCGGCGAGCAAUGUGACUGUGGGCUGCCCAACUACUGUGAGAAUACCUGCUGCGACCCGUACACUUGUAUGCUGCACACAAACGCGUCUUGUGCCACUGGUGAAUGCUGUGAUUUGAGUACAUGUCGUCCCAAAGCGGCUGGACAGGCGUGCCGUGUGGCCGAAAACGAAUGUGAUUUGCCCGAAUACUGUACCGGCGAGUCGGAAUACUGUCCGGCAGAUGUGUUCAAACGUGACACCGAAGAGUGCGACAGCGGACAAGCCUAUUGCUUCCAAGGAAAUUGUCGUUCGCACUCGCAACAGUGCCGCAUACUGUGGGGACCGACCGGUGAGAGCUCAGAGCAUUGCUACAGCAAAAAUGUUGAAGGCAAGCGUGGCGGCAAUUGCGGCUUCGACCGCAUCAACAACACAUUUAUUCGGUGCGAAGAUGAGCACGUACGUUGCGGCAUGUUGCAUUGCCGACAUUUGAAUGAACGACUCGAAUUCGGCAUGGAAUCUGCAGCGGUGCUGUCGCAUUCAUUCAUCAAUCAUGAGGGCAAUAUAGUCCCGUGUCGCACAGCGCUGGUCGAUUUGGGGCUACAAAGCACAGAUCCCGGACUUACGCCUAAUGGCGCCAAGUGUGGCGAAGACAAAAUGUGUGUCAACCAAAAGUGCCUAACGAUAGAACGUGUACGUGCCACCGGGCUCGGCAGGCAGUGUCCAGAUAAUUGUAAUGGCAAUGGUGUAUGCAACAGUCUCGGUAAUUGCCACUGCCAUGUAGGCUACUCGGGCACAACAUGUCGCCUACCAGGACCUGGCGGUUCAAUCAACAGUGGACCAGCAUCGUCACCGACGAGUCACCAAGCUUUCCAGAACUUCAUGUACAUUUUCUUCUUCGGCGUGAUACCGUUUAUGGUGUUCAUUAUCUGGCUCUCUUACUAUAUACGCAACCGACGCUUCUUCAUUGGCGGCAAGCUGGCUGAAAAUAUCAUCAAAGCGGCCAGCGCCAAGCAAGCACCCGCACGUCCUGAUCACGGUCCUCAUGGCGGUGGUGUCGGCGCCAACGGCGGACACAGCCUACCCAAGUCUACGCCCAGCAGUACGGACGAUAUGAAUUCUGCGCUACUGAAGUCCCCCAGCGACUCGAAUGACACUUCCGUUGGCAAUGGCAUGUUUGGCAAAUUCAAAGGCUUUACCCUACGCCCCCUCAAUGAUACCACUUCACCAACCAACAACUUCAAUGCACCCAAUGUGGCUUAUGUACAGCCCACGGUACAGGACACUGCCGCAAUGAAUGGAGGUGUACCACAACGCUCUGCACCACCACCGCCAUUGGUCAAAGGUAAAUCGGUGGAUGCGGUGCAACCCACACGUUGGGCGCCACCGCCACCAGUUGGCGUUGCAACUGCACCAGCAUUACCACCACCGAAUCCCGGCUCGAAUGCGCGCCCAAUUAUAUCGAUGCCGGUAUUGGAGACCUCUACAAUGACGCUGCCAAUAAAGAAGUCGAGCGGUGAGGUGUCGCCAACGCCCUCCGCACCCUUGCCACCUGGCAGUCAAUCAGGUUCAUUACCGCGUCCCGUCCCACCACCGCCGGUGCCUUUACAUGCAGACCCUAAGUUGAAUGUGAAACGCGAUGGUACCAUAAGGCGUAUUGCAUCUUUUCUGAAGAAAGAGGAGAAGGCACCAUUGAAGGAGAAGACCUACAUCGAUCGCGAGAAGUUGAAGAAUAUCGAGAUAUCAGCACCAAUGCCAGUGGCACCGCAAGGCGAGUCUUCCAAUUCGGACUCAGAGACUACUCCUAAGGAGGAGGAAACCAAAAAUUUAGUAAAGCGCGCACAGUCUAUGCGUUCUCCAACCAAGAAAACCAACGUGCAAACAUUCGGUUCGAUGCGUUACGCACCGGGUAGUGCACGACCAAAGAGCGUAGCGGCUGCCGCGGCGGCUUCACGUCCAAAAAGUCCACCGCCACGCCCUCCACCGCUGAAGAAAACUAAUUCGACAACUUCUUCCGGCUACGCACUGCCUGUUGCCACUGCCAAGUCUAACGUGGAGAACACAUAUGAUGAUUGUGAGUUUGUUGAACAGUCGCUGACCACUGUAGGCGAGUCGAGUGAAGCGGACUCACCCACUUCAACCGAUAACAUAUACUCCGUCAUAGACGAAAUACCGCCCGCUGCACAAACUGUUAAGCGAAGCGAUUUCAUCAAUGAAAGCACUGACAUGGGUCUGCUUGGUGAGAUUGUGAAUGAAAUUGAGAAGCGCAAUGGCGACUCAAUAUACAGCGCGUCAACGCUGGUAAAGAACAAGCCACAAUCAGCGGAAGAAGUAAAAAAUACAGCUGCAGAUGUGAAAACGACAUCAAAUGCCACAAAGAGCAUUAGCACAAAUAAUGACGCCAAUGUAUCAGCGGAAGCUGCGAAACCGUCGGCAAACGCAAAUACAGUUACAGCGCAGACUGUGCCUACAUAUUUGCGCCCGGCGCCAGUGAACGCACCAGUUGCGCGAGUAGCGCCUACGCGUGCCGAUCUCACGUCCACCACAGCAUUUUCUAGCUUUAAGCCCACUAGCUUAAGCGCAGCGCCCACAGCAGUUGGUGCCGCGGCUGCAGCCAACAAGAGCAACACAACUGCCGUCAAUCGUCUCAGCGGCGCAAACAGCACCAGCGGAAAUGCUGCGACGACAAGAAACCGAUCCUUCGCUAAAACACCUGUCGCCGCAAGUUCAACUACAACAACAACACGGACAACAAACAGCAGUAAUAGCACAGCACUGCCGUCCGCCACAAUCACAAAACCAAAACCGCUCUCCGCGAAACCCUCAUUCAAUAGUCAAAAGAAAGUGACGCCCGCGCCCAGUGUGGGCGCUACAGGUGCGCGCUUGGCCGGGACUGGCACACCGCGAACGGCGCCCACUGUAAAGUCAGGAAACAUUGCCUCCCUGACGCAGCGCUUCGAAAAGGGUGCGACUACCAAUGCGAGAAAGUAAAAUGGAUGGUGCGCUACUGCAUUAUUCUCCUAUGGCAGCUUUUUUGAUGCAUUUGCGCUGAUUUCUUUCAAAUGCCCCAAAACACAUAAACCAAACUGAUAUUUAUUCUGUGCGUGUAUAUUUGCUAAUGCAAGGAAAUAGUUUCAAAAUACUAUAUUACAACUGCAACUAUAUUGGCACUGCUGGGGCUCGACCGAAGUGUUUUAAGGUUGUUUGCGCCAUACUAUCAUAUAAUUAAUGCGAUAAUUGUACAUUAUACAUUAUGAUAUUGUAAGGAAAUUUAAACGAAGUGUGCAAAAUUUAUAAAAAUUAAGACGAGAGAUAAACUAAAUCAAUUCAAAAGUGAUAUUCAUUCCUUGGCAUAUUGUAGCGUCGAACGAAUUCGUUGUAGUUGUAUUGUAUGUAUGUAUAUUGUACGAAUAUAGUGCACCUAACUAUGCUAAAACUAUAUUUUUUAAAUUACUUUAUAUAGAACGACAUAUGUUUUUGACCCCAAUAUUGUGUGUUAGGUUUAUGAUAAUAAAUUGAACCGUUAGCUUAAGUUUUGUAAAUUAAUAUAUAUUGUUAAUUGAAAUAAAUAUUGGCAU